UGAAAGCAGAACAGGUUCAGGUUCCAGGCUGCAAAAUGAAGCUUCUCCUCCUCACAACAAUUGUUGCAAGUGUCUGCCAAGUCAAUGCAGGAGGCAAGACACUGAGGUUGUUGGCGGCCGCAGGACUGUUGGGAGGUAAUGGAGCACCGAUGGCAGGAUUGGCUGGCAUGAACGGAGGAUUGGUUGGUUUAAACGGAGGAUUGGCAGGUAUGAACGGAGGACUGCCAAAUGCCGUAAUCCCUGGGAUGAUGGCUGGAGGCCUGAACCCACCAAUGGUAGCUGGCGGCGGGGCAGGUAUCUUUGGGCAGCCGCAGCUUGCUCAGUUUGCUCCCAGACUUCCUGUUUACGCUGUGCCACCCCCUGUUCCCAAUGUGUACGCUGUCCCUGCAGUGAACACGAUUCCUUUCAUGGGACUCCCUCAGAUGGCCCCAGUGAACCCUCCUCAGCAGCCUCUCAUGGGAGCUCCAGGUGGCAUCGCCCAGCAGCAGCCUCCUGUUCAGCCCGAUCCACUGAGAAGAUUCAGGCGUCAAACUAAGAAUCAGGGCGACUCCCUGAAGACCCCUGUGGAUACUCAGAUCCCAGCUCCGACUGAAGUCACGACACCAACUCCCUGUGACGAAGAAGGCCGCCAGGCAGCCAAUUAAGAUGGCGCCGUUACAAACAGCACUGAAGCAAAUAUGGAGGAAUUUCCAGCGAUAAUGAAACCCGAUGAUCGUGGAAACUUGUGUGUUUUGUAUGAUUUUGAAACUCACUUAAGAAUAAAUCUCAGUACUAA